AUGAUAUUGAGAAGCGGAGAAGGUCCCUGGAAGACGGACCGGGACUACAAGGAGCUUUGUCCAGAUCUCUCAGAGGCCAAGUUUGCUCAAGUGAGCGAUCUUCUGUUGGAGAAUCCGAAUCUAAACUCGACCCAUCUAUUUCGAGCAGACGUCGUCUUCGAUAGUUCACAGAUAUUAAAGACAGCGUCAGAGAAGGAAAAAGCAUAUGGUCUCGUCGUCGCAAGUGACCGUCAUGAAGGAAGCUCCGAGGAUGACAAAGGUGGACUGAAUAAUGCGAUUUAUUCGCUGAAAGAGACUGGACCGGGUGCGGCUCCAAUCAUCGACGGCGCCAUCCUCAAGCGACAGGUGUUGCGAAAGCUCAUUCCAAGGAAACCACAACUUGACGCUGCCCUCGAGCAAUGGUGUUAUAUCUACGAUAUCUCUCAAUCUCCCCACAGCGCAGGCCGCAUUGUGGUUUACGUCCCACGUAUCGAGUCUGAGAAUGAAAUACCAUGGUAUCACCCUCCAGUUCAGUCCCUCGCUUAUCUAUAUGAGAAGAAGGAAGACGAGGCGUCACUCUCGAUCCAUUACCUGCCCUUCGAUCCUCACAAGGAGGUACCCGGUCGUUUGCAUCGCACAUUUGUUUCUCUUCUCCAGACCUUUCUCAGACUAGCAAAGAACCCCACCCCGGAGCACAAAGUUGCCAAUGGGCUCCAGGGCGAUGCAUCAUGGUUCUCUAUGGCACCUUCCGCAUUGAAGGACACAAUACUCCCACAACACACUGUCCAAAAUACCUAUAGCCGAUUGAAGCAGCAGUACGCCUCCGAUCUCGUUUCUCGGUGGGUCGAGAAGACCGAACCAUCUAAGCAUGUCUUCGAGGAUCUCUCUAUCGCCGCGUUUGUAAUUGAACUUUGGAGGCAAAUGUAUGCUACAACAGCGGACUUCUCUGGAUUCGUCGACAUUGCAUGCGGCAAUGGAGUCCUCACUUAUAUCUUGAUCAAAGAAGGUUAUGCUGGUCGAGGGUUUGAUGCUCGUCGGCGAAAGACAUGGGAAGUCCUAGGGAUCGAUGAGUUCCUGGACGAGAUGAUUUGCAUUCCGCAACCAUUCCUAGCCACGGUCGAAUCCGAGCUCGAAGACUUGCUACCAGACACCAGAGUCCAUAGUGGUCUCUUUCCCCCAGGCACAUUCAUCAUCUCCAAUCAUGCCGAUGAACUGACGCCGUGGACACCGCUUUUAGCUAACCUUUCCUCUCCAAGCUCACCGCUUCCAUUUCUUGCAAUUCCUUGCUGCUCACAUGCACUCAGUGGGGCGAGGCAUCGAUACACCCCGAAAGAUGUUCAUCCGCAGUUCACCGACUCAACAAUCAAUGACCCUGAAGCGCAGCCUGCGGGGGGUGAUUUGAAGACCUUGCGUGCAGCGAAAAUAAAGGCAGCAAAUCACUCAGACGAUAAGAGUAUGUAUGCGUGCUUGACUCGUAAAGUUGUGGCUCUCACGGAAGAAAUCGGUCUCCAUGCGGAAGUUACCUUGAUGCGGAUCCCAAGCACAAGAAAUAUUGGAAUCGUUGGAAACCGUAGUAAGGCCAUCACGAAAGGCAAAGCAACAUCGCUCACUGUACCUGAAACCAUGCCUCUUGAUACAAGCGACACAGGGGUGCAUGUGCAGGAGAUUGUCGCUCGGGAAUGUGCAAGGUCGGGCGGGGUGCGUGAGGCGGCUCAGACAUGGAUUCACCGCGCUCAGCAGCUCCAAACAGGGAAGGGAAGGGGGAAACUCAACCUUGGUGGCACUAAUACGCAUGUUUUAUCCUGA